AUAUUUUCAGAACUGAUCCUUGUAGACUGCUGGGUAUUAAAGAUAGUCUCAGCCUGAGUGUUUGUUUUUUUUGUGUUUUUUUUCGAAUACGCUAUUCAAGCAUUCUGCAUAUUUGCUGAUAUUGUGAUUUGUUGAAGGGGGUGAAGCGCAAACUAUACAGAAGUCUAGGCAUUGUAGUUGAGAUAUCGAUAUGGUCACAUCUAUCACGUCAUCACAUGUACCGUCACGUACGCAUACAUAGCUACUCUCGCAAAAUGUUUCACUAGAAUAGCUACUUCACCUAAUCCAAACAGGACAGUCAAGCUUGUCUCUCAUCUUGUCCAGUGGGAAAUGCAGUUCGAUGAUCUCUUGAGAACCAUUGGAGAGUUUGGACCCUAUCAGAGGCGUCUAUAUGUGUUGUUGUGCCUGCCUGCAAUAUCAAUCGGUAUCCAGAGCAUAUCUUUGGUCGUGUUUCUCUUUGCUGUUCCCGAGCACCGAUGCGCAAUUCCAGGUGUUCAAAAUGAUACAUACGAAGUUCAGGACAAAGCUCAUGAAUACUUAAUCAACCUCACCAUUCCUCGACUGGCAUCUGAUAACAUUUCUUAUUCGCCGUGUACAAUGUACGCUCAUCCCAGCGUCGUGCCCUUAAAUAGUGAUGAUAACCACACGACCCGCUCCAGCAGAUACACAGAAACAUGUCAUUCCUGGGUGUAUGAUAAGAGUACCUUCGACACGACUAUUGCACAGUCUAUGAAUAUGGUUUGUGACAAGAAAUCGUACGUGACGCACGGGAAGAUGCUGAACAUGGCGGGACAAGUGAUUGGCGCCGUCGUCAGUGGAGUUCUCUCGGACAUAUUUGGCCGCAAGACUGUCAUUGUCGUUGGUAUGGUUCUAACCACAGUUUUGAGCGUGUUGCUGCCAUGGGUCACCAGUUUCAAUGUCUUGGUCCCUGUAAUCAUACUGAUGACGGCGUGCUCAAGCACUCAGUAUCUGGCUAGCUUCGUCUUCGGUCUGGAAUUGGUGGGUCAUUCAAAGAGAAUGCUGGCGGGGGUAGCCAUCAACUUUUUCUGGAGCAUCGGCAACUUGAUAGUUGCUCUUGCUGCCUUCCUUCUGAGAGACUGGAAAAUAAGGCAGCUCGUGCUGAGUGUGCCAUCCUUCAUUUUUCUAUAUUUGUUUUUUAUACCAGAAUCUCCCAGAUGGCUUCUCAGUAAGGGCAAGACCGAAAAAGCAAAGACAACAUUACUGAAGAUUGCAAAAUCAAAUGGAGUUAUCAUCCAUGAAAACGAUUUAGAGAGUAUCACAACAAAAGAAGAAUCAAAGAUAGAAUAUUUUUGGGAGCUCAUUAAAUCACCAACCUUGUUACGAAGAAUGCUGAUUCUAUUCUAUAACUGGUUUGCAGUUGGAAUGUGCUUCUACGGCCUUAGCAUGAACGUCACCAACCUUUCUGGCAACGUCUACCUCAACUUCUUCCUGUUUGUCUCCGUGGAGGCGUGCGCCUACGUUUUGUGUCUGCUCUUGUUGGAUCGAGUUGGUAGGAAGUGGAUGCUCUGCGGUUCCAUGAUAGCUGGGGGCGUCGCUUGCCUUCUCUCCUUUUUUCCGUUGCUACUCUCAAACAAUCCUGAGCAAUGGAUUAUCAACAUGCUGGCCUGCCUGGGUAAUACGUGCGUGUCAGCAGGGUUUGCGGCGUUGUACGUUUUCACGGCGGAGUUGCUGCCAACGACAUCCAGGAACUCUGGCAUUGGCCUCUGUUCCAUGUGCUGCCGCGUUGGAAGCUUGGUGUCACCUUACAUCAAUGACUUGGUACUGCAUAUUGAUGGCAGAUACAAGAACAUUGUUCCUUUGCUCAUCUUUGGGAGCAUCACUGCCUUGGCUGGUGUUCUCGCAUUGCGACUCCCGGAAACACUCAAUAGAAAGCUUCCGGAAACAAUACAGGACGCUGAAAACAUAGUGACACAAUCCAGUGAUUGGCUACAUGUGCAUCGAUCCACGGAGUUGGGAUACGAUGAAACGCAUCGACCAAGUCAGCGAGCUGACCACCCGAUCCGAUGUGGAGAUACAACCGACAGGGACGCACAUAGUCUUCGUUUUAAGGACAAGAGACCACGCGAAAUGGAACCGGAUGUUUUCUUAUGAAGGCAUACACACAGAUUGUAGAUGUAUGAAUACUUAUCAUUUGAAUAUAACUGUUCAUAUUUAAACUAUAUACAUUAAACUAUUUGAUGAAUGGACUUUCCAUCUUUGCCGACUAUUCAUAUUAUAUCAUUUUCAUUGUCA